AUGAAUCUAUCUGCACGUUCUCAAAUGUUGCUUUCAUCAUCAAGCUCUCGUUGUCACAUCACAAAUGAUGAAAGCUCGUCAUUGGUCCUCCUAGAAAUUGGCGAUAAUUGGCGGGCGAUGAGGUGGUCGGCGGUUAGGCGCUCAUCGAGUGCUGGUCGAGGUCCCUGCAACGUCGCUGUUAGUGGUAUGCACUUAGUGAAUUUGAGAGUUGAUAGGCUCAGUGCUCAGGCUGUUGCGAUAGACGACCGUUACUCUACAGCGAUGUCCGUGCACCCGACGGCGCACUGA